AUGGCCAGUUUGGUGGAAGUGAUAUUUUUGGGAACCGGGACAUCGGGUGGCGUGCCCAAUGUAAGUUGCCUGACUGAUCCUGCCCAGUCGUGUGGUGUGUGUCUUUCCGCCGUCACCGAUCAAGGACGAAAGAACAUGCGCAAGAAUACGUCGCUCAUCGUACGCUUCCGAGCUCCGGGUGAGUCGUCUAGUGCACGCAUUCGGAAUAUUCUCAUUGACUGCGGCAAGACGUUUUAUGAGAGCGCGAUCCAGUUGUUUCCUCGUUAUGGCAUACGCGAAUUGGAUGCUGUUAUUCUGACGCACGGUCACGCCGACGCAUGUUACGGUUUGGAUGAUCUUCGGCAGUGGACGUUGAACGGGGCCAUCCAAAACCGGAUCGACAUUUACUUGGCUCCUGAAACCAUGGACACCGUCGAAACGACUUUUCCCUUUCUCGUCGACGCGAAAAAUGCAACAGGCGGGGGCGAUGUGGCCACUUUUAAAUAUCAUAUCUUUAAAGAGGAUGCACCGUUUAGUAUCAACGGUCUAGAGUUUAUGCCAUUGCCAGUUCAUCAUGGCAUCUAUUUCACGACUUCUAAGCCCUACUUUUGCUACGGAUUUAACUUUGGCGGCGUCAGUUACAUCUCCGAUACGAACUUUAUCCCCAACGACACCAAAGCACGCAUGAAAGGAAAAACCGAUAUCCUCAUCAUCGAUUGUCUCCGUGUUGGAGCCACGCAUCCAUCGCAUUUCGGACUGGAGGAUUCACUGAAAACGGCAAGAGAGUUCAAACCGGCCAAAACAUACCUAGUGGGUUUCGCUCAUCGAACCGACCAUUAUCAAUUGGAAGAGGGAUUGAAAUCAUUAGAAAAGGACGAGCAACUACGCAUCAUGCCUGCUUUUGAUGGCUUGCGUGUGGGUCUUCAGGAUGAAAAAAUGAUAACGGAAUCAUCAUGGAUAGAUCCCGAACGCACUGUUAUCUUGAAAUAG